ACACAGCCUGGCAGUCUUUCAGCAGAAGAAGAAGAAACGCUUUUUGCCCGGGUUGCUAAAACAUCACUUUUAUGUUGUAGACGUCAGUCAAACCAGCGCUAAAUGAUUUGUUUUUUGCUAAGAAACGGCCUAACCUAACGAGUGUGAGAUACCUGAAGGAGACGGUGGUCGCUGCCUUAUCCGCAGGAUGAAGGUGAAAAUCAAACAGUGGAACGGGGUUGCCUCCUGGCUCUGGGUGGCCAACGAUGACAACUGUGGGAUCUGCAGGAUGGCCUUUAACGGCUGCUGUCCUGACUGCAAAGUGCCUGGGGAUGACUGCCCGCUGGUCUGGGGUCAGUGCUCCCAUUGUUUCCACAUGCACUGCAUCCUGAAGUGGCUGAACUCACAGCAGGUCCAGCAGCAGUGCCCCAUGUGCCGGCAGGAGUGGAAGUUCAAGGAGUGAACCUGUGGAGGCGUCGCUGCCACAGAGACGAAAGGCUUGCUCACAGACUUUUAUGUAGACUGUAAAUAAAUCUGUGUUGGUACUUCAACUAAUGCAGAACACACGCUGAAUAUGUUUUACUCUACUGGUAAGGAU